GAAGAAUGUCACAGAUGGAGUGAGAUCGAUCCGAUACCGAUAGUUGUUAAUCACUGUAUUUCAUAUCCUUAUCUUUUGCGCUAGACCUAGUCCUAGAACCUUCAUCGUUGUAGUUCAUCAAUUUUCAACAAAAUGAUGUGGAAGUCCUCACGGGCGCAUGCCUCUACCGCCUUUCGGUGGAGUACAGAGGACACGAGAACCGUUGCUUCUUUGAGAAAACGAUGGCCAAUUUCUCAUUCCGCGUUCCUGAGACCACCUGUAACCAUUGCCAGUCUUGCCACGUCGAGAACCACGAAUACGCGAUCUAUACAGCCUCCUGCUAUUGGCACUGUACUAGAGGGACCACAGCGACAGCGCGAAGUAGCUGUGCGAAUAGGGCAAGAAGCAUACUUCUUCAGCACGGCCGCGGCGGAAGCGAGCAGUAGUACAACUAGUAGUGCCGGUGGCGCCUCUUUUGCACGAGGAUCAUCUUCAUCGAGCGGAGGGCGCUUGCGGACAGCAACAGCAGUGCUGGGGCUUUUAUGGGAGGGAGAUGAUAGAUAAUGAAUAAGAAGUCGUAUUGCUACUUAAGUACGUCGAGUCAGUAUUUGCAGAAGUCUAUGCCCGAGGACCAGCACGAACGCCAAAAUAAUACAAUUUGGUAGUGCAGCUUGAGCUUGUGCUGCCAAUCUAAUUUGGAUUUGGUACUAGUUACUACAUAGUUGUCGAUUCAUUCAUUUCGGUUAGGCGUGACGAUGUACCUGGCGAAGGACAAUGGACCGUUAGCGGCACCGAUACGAGGCAGUGCCUUCUACGGCGCAUUAGUUGAUCAUAUCGAUACGGCAGCGAAACAUCAUGAUCACAUAUUGCAAUACAUACUUAGCAAUAUUGAGUUUAAGAUUAAGGACUUCGACUUUCAUCAUUGUUUUUGUUACUGAAGAUGUUCGAAGACGAAAUGAAUCCGCGAUGGAUUGAUACAAGGUUGUACUUGGUGUAGCAGGGCAGAAAAUGCUGUUCAUAGUACACUGCGAAGUUGAUUCAGUUGCAAGGGGCGAUAUUUAUAUUUGAACUGCGCUAUGAUGUUCUUGUGUGUCACUAGUUGUAAGACCUUACAACUACAGUAGUUAUAGUUUUCACAACAGCACGUUGAGGUCGUACCAAGUGAGGCACCUCUUACUUCGCAUCAGCAUGGUCUUCGUUUUUUUUAACCUUGAGAUUGCAAGAACAAGCUACCUAACUGUGUCGUCCUCCCUUCUACGCUCUAAUUCUGGCGUUCCGCUUCUCCGUCUCCUAGAUCCAGAGGAUGCACACAACUUGACCGUCUUCCUGCUCAAAAACGGACUCGGGCCAAAGCUUUGUGCGGCGUCUGAUGGCCGACCUGUGUUGUUAUGACUCUAUUCUAUUCGUAUUGAUUCGUCAUAGAUGGUAGCGCCGUCAGCAGGUCUAGGGAAUAGUAGAAGCAUCUACUUUUACAAUAGGCAAGAUGGUUUCCUUGCGGAUCCUUGAACUUACAAAAUCAUCUAAGUUAGUACCUACUUGUGGCAAUUCUAAUUCUAAACUGAUCUACCUCACAACUGGGUCUCUCCUACUUAAUCUGGUCUACUACACCAUAAUUCUAGCUCUUCUAAUCUAAUCUACCUCAUUGUGGGGACUCAAUUUUGACAAUUGUCUUGGAAUGGCAGCCGGCUUUGACAAACAUGCAGAAGUAGCGGAGCGAUUGCUCACUGACGUUGGGUUCUUAUGAUGUUGAGACACUAUUAGUACUACAGCGCUUUAUUUGUAAAUGGAAGGUUGAAGUCUCAAACCUCACACUAUAGAUACGUGUUUCACCGACGAUUCGUGUUGUAGCUCCGACUACAACUAGAGAACUAGCGUUCUUGCUGACUCUUGUCUACUUCUAAGAUUUGGCUUUGUAGAAGUCGGGGGCGUAACGCCGCUGCCCCAAGAUGGUAACCCAAAACCUCGCUGUUUCCGCCUAACAGAAGACCGCGCCGUCAUAAAUAGAUACGGUCUCAAUUCGCAUGGGCAUGAAAUUGUAGCGGAAAGGUUGAAGCAAAUGAGGGCAAAAGCAAGUACAACUUGUUAUUUGUUCUAUUUCUUUCUAUCUGAUUUUGGUGUUAGUCUUAGACUUAGCAGAAGCAAGUACUCCAUGAUUUUCUAGCAUUUGCAAUAAUUGACUGGAGUUCAUUUCUAGAACACGACAAUAUAAUUCUAGUGAUGUUACAGUGGAGUAGAAGUAAGAUUCUUGUUCUUGUGCUUGGUACCUUCCCAACAACUCCAACUAUCACAGGUGAAGAAGCGGCUUCAGCGUCCGCGUCUGGGAGUACUCGGAGUAAGAUCUUUGGCGUGAAUUUGGCGAAGAACACAGCGGGAACAGCCACCGCAGAAGAGGACUAUCGCGCUGGAGUACGUGCUCUAGGGCCUUGGGUGGACUUUUUCGUUGUAAACGUUAGCUGUCCGAAUGUCUCAUGGACGAAGGGGCUCGCGCACAGCGACAUAGCAGACCUGGCCAAGGCCGUCUGCAAAGAAAGGGAUGAACUUGCCGUACUUCGCAUUCUAGUCUACUUCCGAUGCGCCGGAUGUUGACUAAAUAUUAGACCGCGCAGGAGCUAUGAAAGGGCACUAAAGUUGUAGGCGCAAACAGCUGACGUGCGUUUAGUUACAUAUAGUAGUCUUACUUUCGCACUUUCGCCGCAGCGUUCUGCUGCCUUUGCUUCCCCUCGAAGGCAGGGGAUGCGCGGGCCGGUCCCUGACUAGGAGCGUCGACACUCAACUUCUACCCCCGUAGCCGGUUUUUUCCCGGUCUUUUCCGGUCGAGUGCCUCUCGGCGUUUCCCCUUCGUUCAGUUGAUACAGCGAGCCGGGCCGCCAUGCGGUAGCUCCGUGGCUUGUCGGUCCUCAUUCCAGUCGAUUCCAGCGGCGACGGUUCCGCGCGAUGAUCCCAAUAAUUCCAGGGCGCGCAGAUUCCGCGCGAUGAGUCCCAUAGUUCCGAAGUGCGGAGAUUCCGCGCGAUGGUCCCCAUAGUUCCGAAGUGCGCCGGUUCCGCGCGAUGAUCCCAACAGUUCCGCAAUGCGCAGAGUCCGCGCCGUCGGUCCUCCGCGGCUCCGCUGUGUUUCCCGUUCGGUCGCCCUCCCCCUCUGUGCUGCUGGCGGCUGCGUUUCUGGGUCUGUCGCCCGCGCUGGUGGGUCGGUCUGUGUCCCCUCUUGUCUUUGGUUGUCUCGUGUCUUUCUCUCCAUGUGAGCCUCACCACGCACAGCGCUGCCGUCGCAGCCUUUCAAGAAUGGGGCUGAUACUGAAGCACGCGGCGCGCGGUAGUCCCGCCAUUGUCUCUUUUCAAACAUACAUUUUCAGGGAAGGUCACCACAGGCCAAGCGACGGCCUGUUCUCCUGAAGAUCGGCCCCGAUAAUAGUGACGCGCAGCUUCGGCAGUUAGUUGCGAUGUCCCUUGCUAACGGCGUCGACGGACUAGUAGUCAGUAAUACCAGCGCCGAGCGGCCCGUAUCGCUUCAGUCGUCAGCAAGUGCGGAGAAGGUUAUGGCAAAGAGGUGCUGCGGCUAUACACUCAGAAUUACUCGUCUUACCGUUACUUAUCCUCACAAUCAAUAUCAAUAUCAAUGUAGUUGCCGCUUGGGUACUAACGAAGUAUGUAGCUGCUCCACAGAAAGGAAUCGAUGGCCAUGAUCUUCAUCUAAGAACCUAGAAGCGGUUAUGAUUUUCUUGUUGUCCUUCUAUUUAUCUAAUCUUUGUUUUGGUUGUAUGCGGUGUAGUACUAGUAGUAGGUAUCUGCUAGGAUAAACCUAGAUAGAACAAGGUUCUUUGUCUCCGGUAUCUAAAGCGCGUGGUCUAUCUGGAGCACCAAUUCGGGAGAAGGCGCUUGAAACCUGUCGCAUGUGCUACCGCCUCACCGAAGGCCGACUACCUAUUGUAGGCGUGGGUGGCAUAUCCUCCGCAGAAGAUGCAUAUCUUAUGGGAAGUACUAGUCUGCAACUGCAUUAUCAAGAGCAUGAAGGUCGCUGGAAAAAAUGUUGAUGUAGUUGUGUAGAGGAGGCUGGCAUGGCCCUCUAUUUUCUGGAGUAGACUUGCGUAUUGUUCGGAGUUGAGGAACGUUGUCAUUCAUCUGGCGCUCUGGUUAUAAAUAUGAUCCGUGAUUGCGAUCAACAUGAUGCGAGCCGUGCUCUUAGCCUUGUUACUUAUCUGAGCAGAACUUAUUGAAAAGUGUUUAAAACAAGUUUUUUGCGUCUUCUACUCUUCUACCAGCUCUAACACCAAGAGAAUUCGAGCUGGUGCAAGCCUUCUCGAGAUCUACACGGUGAUGGUGUACGAAGGGCCAGGGUGCGUCGCGAGAAUAGCCUCAGGCCUGGAGGAACUUCUACAGCGGGAUGGCUUCAAAAACGUCAAGGAUGCGGUUGGAGUAGAUGCCAAGAAGUGAAGGACCAGAAGAGCACCAAUAUCAAAAAAUACGCUAAGAAGUACCAUAGCAGAUGACCACGAUCAACAUACUUUUUUACGAAGAACACAAGGUAUAUUAUAAGAUGUAAAUUACACAUUUUCAUAAUGAUUUUUUCAUACUUAUGGAGUUUCUCAAGGAUUCGUGGCUCGUCAGAUAAUUGUACGUCAGACAAGAAAUAAAGAUAAGCACGCAACGCCUACGACUACGUCAUAUAGCUGAUGAUCUCCGAGAGAAACUGGUAUCUCCAAAGAAACUGCAGAGCCUACUUUUUCAAAUAUGAUACAUAGUAGAUGAUUCGCAUGACCCGGACCGUGAGUAGUUCCUAGAGCUUUUGUCAAGUCUCAAUGUACUAUCAACGUUAAUUGACUCGGAACAGUUCCCAGAGCUUUUGCCAAAUCUCAAUGUACUAUCAUCGUUAAUUACGGAAAAAUCAACGCCAUGCCCAUGGAAAAAUCAACGCCAUGGAAAAAUCAACACCAGGAAAAAUCAGCGCCAUGGAAAAAUCAACGCCAUGGAGAACGAGAAAUCAACGUCAACCUGGUGUGGCACGUGUAGACGAGGCAAUGAAUCGUCUGUAAAAAUAGAAUAUCUUCAAUCUACUGUAAAAAUCGAAAUCACAAUUGUUGGCAUCUUAGGUGACUGCGAUGACGAUAGCAUCAGCAUGAUCAACAAAGACAACGUAAGUUGUACUUAAGUACUA